AUGAUCAACUUCAGUCUGAAGAAGAAUGCCACAGUAACUUAUUGGGAUGAGAAGAUGAAGGGGAAAUGGAAAGGACUAUCUAUCCCACCCUAUAUUGGGGAUGGUCCUAAAGUAAAUCUAAGGAAAAGAGUUAAAUGUAAGUGGCAACCUCUAGGUGAGGGAUGGCUCAAGCUAAACUUUGAUGGGGCCUCUAGAGGCAACCCAGCAGUGGCAGGGAAAGGAUGCUCUAUCCAUAACUGGGAAGGGAAGGAAAUUGCCCUCAGGGCUUACCCAAUAGGUAAUAAGACUAAUAAUUGGGUUGAACUAGUUGCCCUGCUAGAAGGCCUUAAUAUUUACAGAAAGAUGGGAGUGAAGAAAUUAGAAAUUGAAGGGGACUCAACAAUUAUUAUCAACGCUCUAAGAAAAGGGAAGUAUCUUUCGUCCUCUCGUCCUUUUGUGUCAUUACUUCUGAGUGUCUUAUUUAUGUCGUGCUUGCAGUGCUCGCAAUAUGCAGAGAGCACUGAUCGCUCUUCUGCAACUGCAUACAGAGGCACCACAUGGAUCAACAGUAUCCACUCAUUAGAUUUCUUGCCAUCAUCAUUUUAUGCAGAUGCACUCAUCAGGCCAAUUCUUCUCACCGCCACUAUCUUAUAUAACAAUUUGAAUCUGCAGUUUGGAUGCGGAUUCUUCUGCUAUGGCAGUCCUUGUGACACAGGAUACCUAUUUGCAACUUUCUUUGUUAUCAGAUACAAUACUGGUAAGCUGUUGGACAUGCAAAUGGUGUGGAGUUCAAACCGAGAGCAGAUGGUGCAAGAAAACGCAACCCUUGCACUCACCUCCACAGGAGUUGUGUUAAGGGACGCAGAUGGUACUCUCGUUUGGUCUACAAAUACAUCCAACCAUGAUUUUCAAGGGAUGAUGAUACAAGAAUCUGGGAAUCUUGUUCUCUUUAACAUCUCCAGUGGAAUCAUAUGGCAGUCUUUUGAUCAUCCAACUGAUACUGCGCUGUUGGGUCAGAAGUUGAAAGUGGGGCAGAAGCUUACUGCAAACACUUCUCCUACUAAUACAAGCCGAGUGAGUUUAUAUUAUCUCCAGUUCGACAACGUGUCAGUAUAUUUCUUUACUGAGAAUGGUAUCGCGUUUAAGCAAAUUCCCAUACCCAGGGGUAGCCUCUCCUUUAAGAUUGAUUCAGAUGGGCAUCUGCAGUUUUGUUCAAUUCUAGAAGUGGUACUAAGGUCUAAGAUUGACUAUUUAUCAACCUUUCUGGGCAUAUUGGAUGUGUGCGAUUAUCCAGCGCUAUGUGGAAAAUUCUGUUUUUGCACAGAUGGGCAGUGCAGCUGUCCAAGACAGGGCAAUGCUUUUUAUCAGAUUGACGCCACAAAGCCCAAUUUGGGUUGUCUUCCCCACAGACCUCUUGCGUGCUCAGAUACAUCCAUAAUCAGUAACCGUGCCCAUGGUCAUCACUUUUUGGAGCUGGAGCAUGUUUCCUAUUUUACUUAUCGUUACAAUAAUCCUUCCAUUCCACAGUUGGUCUCACGAGAUUACUGUCAAAAUCUUUGCCUUGAAAAUUGCUCUUGCAAAGCUGCGUUUUUCAGGUAUGGUGUCAAUUUUUCUAGGGGGUAUUGUUAUCUGGAGUCUAAUGUCUACUCUCUGAAAAUGAAUAAUCAAAGUGACGUGUUUUACAAUUCCACUGCUUAUAUUAAAGUUCAAUCAAGGUCUAAGCAGAUUAACUAUUCGGUUAUAGUUAUCAUUGUUGCUGCUCUCCUGUUUCUCUUUGUCUGUACAUGGAUAAGUAAGUAUAAAAAAUGCAGACGAAAAAAGGAUGAAGAUGAGGACAAUCGUGUAGAUUGGCCGGCAGGCUUGCCUCUGCGUUACUCAUUCCAAGAAUUGCAGAAUGCCACAAAUGACUUUAGUAUGAAGUUGGGAAGUGGAGGAUUCGGUUCAGUUUAUGAAGGUGUUUUGUCAGACGGCUCAAAGAUAGCUGUGAAGCGCCUUGACAGAGCAGGACAAGGGCAAAAAGAAUUUCGGGUAGAAGUGGAAACUCUAGGUAAAGUUGAUCAUCUUAAUUUGGUAAGGCUGAAGGGUUUCUGUGCAGACAAAGCCCAUCAAAUGCUUGUAUACGAGCAUUUACCAAAUGGGUCUCUGGAUAAAUGGAUAUUUUCCAAGAAGAAGCAUCAAAAUUUUCUGGACUGGAAGACUAGAUACAAAGUAGUUCUGAAUAUUGCAAGGGGAUUAGCAUACUUACAUGAAGAUUGUCGAGAACAGAUAAUACAUUUCGACAUCAAGCCUCAGAACAUUCUCCUGGAUCAGAACUUCAAUGCCAAAGUCUCAGAUUUUGGCUUGGCAAAGUUGGUUAACAGAGAACAAAGUGAAGUUAUAACCUUGCUGAGAGGGACACCGGGGUAUAUGGCACCUGAGUUACUGAACAUGCAUUUCACGGAGAAGGCGGAUGUAUUUAGCUUUGGUGUUAUGGUGGUAGAAAUUGUCAGCGGAAAAAGAAGCAGAGAGCUUUCAGAGAACGGCUUGUUUCCACUGUUACAAAUCAAAGCAGAGGAGGGGAAGUUAAUAGAUUUGAUAGAAGAGGGACUUCAAGAUGAGCAAAGGAGUGUAAGUGAGGAAGCAGUAGAAGUGAUAAAAAUGGGAAUGUGGUGUGUACUGGAAGAUUUUACGAGGCGGCCAGCAAUGUCAACUGUGGUGAAGGUGUUGGAGGGUUUAAGAGAGGUGGCCAGCGAUGUUCCUUUCGCGUUUGCAGUGUCCUCAGUUGCUCGUAAUCAGCAGUCGCUUUACUCAGCUAAUCCAAAUCCUAACAGGAACCUCUGCUUCUCCCCUGCUCCUAAACCUUUGGUGCUAUCUGGACCUAGAUAA